AUGGUUCCCAUUGAGAAUACCCUCGGUGGCACCAUACAUGCCAACUGCGACCUGCAGCUUCAACACAACUUGUUCAUCAUCGCCGAACACAGCUUACGAGUCCGGCACGCGCUCCUGGCUCUGCCUGGCACCAAGAAGGAAAGCUUGGCAAAGGCAAUCAGCCAUCCGCAGGCCUUGGCCCAGUGCAGCUCCUACUUGAAGAAGCAAGGAAUUGUGGCAGAGGCAGCAUAUGACACUGCUGGCAGCGCAAAGCUUAUCGCUGAAGGCAAGUUGGAGGGAGUGGCCGCCAUCUGUAGCGAACUGGCAGCAGAGCAAUACGGCCUCGAAGUACUGGACAAGGGAAUUGAAGACGAUGACAACAACUUCACACGGUUUCUGCUGCUGCGAUCCGAGCCAGUCUCGGUACCCCCGGGUGUGAAAUGCAAGACCUCUGUUGUCUUCUCCUUGGAGAACAUGACAGGCACAGGGAAGGAGAGUGUGGCUCAUGUCCAACGAAUCUUUUGA